GACAGGUAUGAGAGAGGUUGUAUUGGACUAGUGAAAGAAGGAUCUGUAAAGCUGAGGACAUGUGUUUUGGAAGGUGUGCUAGAUGUGUUGGUUAUAAGUUGCUCAUCCUUGCCUUGCUCAGCAUUGUGGCCAACAUUUUACUUUAUUUUCCCAAUGGCGAAACAAGAUUUGCUUCAGAGCAUCAUCUCGGCAAAUACGUGGAGUGCCUUCAUGGCAUUCUAGGUGGAGGCUUUUUGGUGCUCAUUCCAGCUGCAGUAUUCAUUGGGCUUCACGAUGAUGACUGCUGUGGGUGCUUUGGCCAUAAGGACUGUGGGAAAAGCUGUGCGAUGCUGUCCUCAGUUCUGGCAGCCUUUGUUGGGAUCCUUGGUUCUGGAUACUGUAUAAUCAUUUCAGCACUGGGCUUGUCUCAUGGACCAUAUUGUUUUACUCACCUGCAAAGAAACUGGAUCUAUCCUUUCACUGAAUCUUCUGGAGGGUACUUGUUUGAGUAUAACAAGUGGUCUGAAUGUCAAGAACCUCAAAACAUCGUGCAGUGGAACGUCACGCUCUUUUCCAUCCUCCUUGUCUUGGGAGGAAUAGAGUUCAUUCUGUGCUUCAUACAGAUAAUCAAUGGCAUUCUUGGAGGACUGUGUGGGUUGUGCUGCAGUCAUGAGGAGAGGCUGAUAGACUACUGA